UUCUUCUUUUUUAUUUUCUCCACCAAAGCUUGAGUGAAAUUUCUCAGAUGAUACACUCUAACUGAAUCCUCCAUAUCCUUAAUAUCCAACCAUCCAUAUAUGCUAUUCCAAACUUUUUGACUAAUUAUGCAUUUGAACAUGAGAUGUUCUAAGUCUUCAACCUUCUCCUGGCAGAAUAUGCAAAGCUCUUGUUGUUCAUUUUGAAUUAUCUCCCACCAAUUGAUUUUCUGUAGGUAAUAUGUUGAGCACCACCCUCCAUCCAAAAAAAAACCUUUAAUCUUGAUAGGAUAUUAAUCUUCCAAAUCUUCUUGAGUGUCAGCUUCGAUUGAAUUUCCAAAAUGUCUUCCAAAUCCCGGUCGCACAUUAGAUUGUAGCAGUUUUUCACACUAAAGCAGCCUUCUUGAUUCGGCCACCAUGUUAACGUGUAAAUGGUAAAUGGGUUACUAAUACAAUAAAGAAAAGUGUCAUACCCAAACUAAUUUGCUGGUUAUCAUGUAAAUAACCCAAAUAGUAUCAAUUUUUACCUUAUGUAUCGUCUAUAUAUUUUUUGUGGUUCCAGUGAGUCCAACAAGCACUGUUAUCUCCACCCAUUAUUAUGUUGACAAUGGCAUUAAGGUAGUGUUUAGUGCUACCGUAUUAACGUGUGAGUUGACUUGAAGCAUGCAAUAUUUGACAAUAAAAUAUAUACUCUUUCAAACGAGCUGUCACAAAAGCUAUUUAGUAAUCAAAGCUGUUAUCCUCAUCGCCAUAUCCAUAGCUACUUCAUAUACAAGCUUAUAUAUAUUCCAGUUCUAGCAGUAUCAACCAGCAACUGAAACAAAGAAGAAGAGAACCACUCUCAUUAACCAUGGACUUCCCCCCAUGCACGUUACUUCUCUUCCUUAUCCUAACCACACAUCACUUUACAGUUCCUUCACACUCAGAAAAUUGCAACCCAGAUGACAAAAAAGAACUUCUCCAAAUCAAAAAACAGUUUGGCAACCCAACCAAACUCUCUUCAUGGGAUCCAACCACCGACUGCUGUAACAGUACAUGGCUAGGUGUAGAUUGCGAUAACUUCACUCCAACCUACCGCGUCACAGACCUCGAUUUCUCCGACCUCGACCUCCCCAAACCCGUCCCAAUUCCACCCUCCAUCACUAACCUCCCUUCCCUCGUCUCCCUCUAUGUCACCCGCGUCCCCAACCUCGUCGGCCCUAUCCCGCCGUCAAUCGUCAACCUCACCAAACUCCGGUACCUCUCUAUCAUCCAAACCAACAUCUCCGGCGAGAUACCUGAGAUACUCUCACAGAUCAAAACACUUGUAACCAUCACCCUCACUAACAACAAACUCGCCGGUCCCCUCCCCGCCUCACUCUCCUCUAUCCCCAGCCUCGUAGGAAUUGGAUUCGAAGGCAACCAACUCACCGGAACAAUACCUGAAUCGUACGGCUUCUUCCCUAAACUCUUUACAGGGCUGCUUCUCUCGCGAAACCGGCUCUCUGGGAAGAUUCCGGCGUCGCUGGGAAAUCUUGACCUUUCGGACGUGGGCUUGUCACGGAACGCUUUCGAGGGUGAUGCUUCAAUGUUUUUUAAGGCGAAUAUAAGUACACUUACGAUAUCUUUGGCGAUGAACUCGUUUUCUUUUGAUAUUGGGAAAGUUGGGUUGUCCAAAGAUUUGAAUACUUUGGAUUUGAGGAACAAUAAAAUCUAUGGUGUGCUACCUCAGGGACUUGCAGAGCUUCGGUUUUUGCAUAAGUUGAAUGUGAGUUAUAAUAACCUGUGUGGUCAGAUUCCACAACUGCGGUUUGAUCAAACUUGUUACGCUCAUAAUAAGUGUUUGUGUGGUUCUCCUCUUCUCGCUUGCAAGACUUGAAAUGAAAGAAUGGAUACCACAAAAUUAUGCUAUAUGAAUUUUGAAUAAAGAAGACUGGGUCUUCAUUCAUUUACAUUAUAACGAUCUAUAAGAAUAAUUUUAUUAAGAAAUAGAAUAAUUUUGACACAUUGUAAGAAGUUUGCAUUAAGGACAAUUACUCCUACUUAUAUGAGUGACAUUAGAAGUAGUGUGAAACAUCUUCAAUAAUUGAAUGAUUAUCAUUGUGUAAAACACUUUUGCACAACAAAUAUGAAUUAGAUAUUUUAUAUGGAUCCAAGAGAGUAUUUAGUUUAUUAUUUUUUCAAAAUUAAAGCAAAAGAGAACUUUAUUUAUAUUUAUGUAAUGCUAUAUGAAUCUAAAA